UAACCAAUUGGCUCUUACGUAUUUUCUAUUUGUCACUUCGUUUAGUUACUUCUUGCAAGCAAAGCGCUGAACUCAUCAACAAUGGCAAAGGUCGUAGCGCGACUAACGGUUAAUGCAUUUUUAACACAACAACACAGUGCGACAGUGUAUAAAUCGUGUUUCCGAAAUGCCAGCACCCGACUUACAAAUAAAUACCAACCAAGGAAUAAUACACGACGUCUUAUGGUGCUAGUGGGCGGCAGUUUCGUUUCAUUGGCGGCACUGACUGCGAUUAUUCGUUUGCGAAGUGCCGCCAAUACAGCGAAUGCAAUGCGAAAGAAGAGCCUGCAUCGCGAUGACACCGAUCUGGAGAAUGUUAAACUAACCGCACGCGAGCGACGCUUCAUUAAGUUCGCUUCCGUGGAGUACGAGAAUCAGCUGUACAUGACACCACAAGAUUUUCUGGAAUCUGUCGUGGAACAGGAGCCCAGACCCCGACUAAAGCGGCGCGCGCUUAGCACCGAUGAAGUUGAAAAAUACAAAGAUCAGACGCCUGCUGUCAAAAAGGGUUCCUCACAUCUCUUUCGCAAUCUCAGGGACAAGGGCAUUGUUUCCUACACGGAGUACUUGUUCUUGCUUUCCGUUCUUACCAAACCCAAGUCAGGCUUUCGCAUCGCCUUCAACAUGUUCGACACGGACGGCAAUCAGCGUGUGGAUAAGUCCGAGUUUCUUGUCAUUAUUUCCAUUUUGGCUGGCGCCAUUAAGUCCAUACAAGAUGUGGAACCAAAGACCAAAGAACUUCUGCGGCGUUUAAUACCCUUUGAUGAGAAACCAACUCUGAAGGCUUUGCCAGUUUCACGACCCAAGGGUCUUAUGGAGCGCAUAUUUAGCGGCGCUUGGAAAGAAAAACACGGCGAUCAGACGCUAGAUGAGUACGAUUCCGACUCCGAUUCCAAUGAAAAGAAAGAAACUUCGCUCGAGCGCGAUUAUGUGGAUGACAAUGAGGGACUACAGCGACGUCAUAUGGUGGCCACCACCCUGCAGCUGCAUCUGUUUGGCAAGCGCGGCACCGGGGUUAUCAACUACGAUCAUUUCUAUCGGUUCAUGGACAAUCUGCAGACGGAGGUGCUGGAACUGGAAUUCAAUGAAUUCUCCAAGGGUCAAACCUUCAUAACAGAGUUAGAUUUUGCCAAGAUCUUGCUGCGCUACACUUAUCUGGCCACGGAUGAGUACGAUGUGUUCCUGGAGCGUUUGCUGCAGCGCGUCAAGGAUGAAAAGGGCAUUUCCUUUAAUGAUUUCCGAGACUUUUGUCAUUUUCUCAAUAAUCUCGAUGAUUUUACCAUUGCCAUGCGUAUGUACACACUGGCCGAUCGCUCCAUAUCGAAGGAUGAAUUUGCGCGCGCUGCCAAAAUCUGUACGGGUUACAGCCUCAGUGAGCAUUUGAUUGAUACGGUGUUUGCCAUAUUCGAUGCGGAUGGCGAUGGCCUGCUGCAUUAUAAGGAGUUCAUAGCCAUUAUGAAGGAUCGCUUGCAUCGCGGCUUCAGAUCUACGGCCAAGUCGGAGGGCUGGGAUGCAUUCAAGCACUGUUUGCAACAUGAAAUGAUAGCCCUCAAGAAGCCUUCCUAUUAGAUGCCAGAGCAGCUCUGUUGAUAUGAAGAAAGCUUGACUACGCCAAAGUGAAACAAAAACAAAAGGAACCAUGAUAUCUAACCAAAUUCUAGUUACAAAUUAUUUUCUUCUAAAGAAACAAAACCAUAAUCUCUUGUUCUAGCUCAAAGUACAUAAAAACUCUAUUUAUGAUUGUUAAUUUAUUAAAAAGUU